AUGAUCGGCCCUCCGUCCUCCAACACGAAAUCGAACGUACUUUCGCCCGCCCAGACACUUGUCGACGGUCGCAUCCCGCAGCGCUUCUCGCCUUUCCGGCGGUAUCUGCUCCUGAUGGUCUUCUGUUUUGCCCAGUUCCUGGACUCCGUCAACAACUCUGCGCUGUUCUCGGCCAUUCCAGCCCUCGAGAACUCUCUAGGUAUCAAUGAGAGCGAGUCAACAUGGGUCAUUAGCGCAUUUCAGCUCACAUUUGCAUCUUUCCUCUUGAUUAGCGGGAGAAUCAGUGAUGUAUACAAUCCAAAAGUUGCUUUCACAGGCGGUGUCGCGGCUCUUGGCGUCCUCUCUAUAGGCGCCGGGUUCGUGAACGACAAAAUUGCCCUCAUUGUCCUCCGUGCCUUGAGUGGCAUAGCCGCGGCCAUGACCAUCCCUUCUGCGCUUUCGCUCCUCGUGAAUGUCUUCCCCGAGCCAACGGAACAAGCACGAGCCAUUGGCGUGUUUGGUGGAUGUGGUGCAGUUGGAAAUGUGCUCGGCUUGAUCAUCGGCGCAAUAUUUGUUCAAUACGCAUCUUGGAGAUGGGUGUUUUGGUUCGUCGCAAUCGUCGCGUUCAUGAUCGCAGGUGCAUGUGUGUUGCUCGUCCCACCGCAAGAGGAACAGGUGUACGUCGAAGGCGCACGAUGGAAGAGCUUGGAUCUUGGUGGCGUGUCGAUCUUGACAGCUGCACUCAUCCUGUUCAUUUUCGCCAUCACAUCCGGGUCCUCAGACGGCUGGGGGUCCGCAUUGGUGAUUGCGCCGCUGAUUAUUUCAAUAUUCAUGGUGGCUGGGUUCUUCUUCUUUGAGACCCGGAUUCCCGCGUCCAAGGCGGCAGUACCACCGCGAACGUGGUUCUUGCCCAACUUUGCAGUGCUUUUUGGGACCGCGUUGCUACCAUAUUUCUGGUGGACAACCAUCUUCACAACGUACACGACGCUGUGGCAAGAUGUAUACCAUUGGACGGCCAUCUCAACUGCAAUUCACAUGAUACCAAUUGGCGUAUUGGCGUUUGCAAUGAGUUUCACAGGACCGUUGUCGAGGGUUAUAAAUCCGAAGUGGAUUAUUCUGUUCGCGGAAUCGUUGCUCGUAAUCGCGACUAUCCUGCUUGCAUUCGCAGACGGACCAGACAAAUAUUGGCCGUUCGUGUUUCCCGGCUUCGCGCUCGGCAGCGCAGGCGCGAUGCUUGUAUACUCGCACACGAACAUUGCGAUCUUCCGGACGUCCCCAUCAUCGAUGGCAGGCACCGUUGGGGCGAUAUUUAAUGGGGCCCUGCAGCUCGGAUCGGCAGUGGGUAUCGCAGCGGUCGGUUCGAUCGAAUCGAGCGUAGAAGAGGAGCAUGGAGGUGAGGUAGAGUCUGGUUACACUGGCCAACAGGCGGCUUUCUGGUUCCUGCUCGGCAUCGUUGGCAUUGAAUUUCUCGGCCUGUUGGUAUUCUAUCGUACGGAGAAAGAGGGCGUUGUGCCGGAUGUGGCCCCCGCCAAGGCGGAGGACGCCAUGGAGGUGGUGGACGAGAAGUUGGUAGAAGCAAAAUUGGACACAGCCAACGUCGUGCGCGGUGGUGGACCAACAAUAUUGGACGUUUCGGAGCUGGUGAUGGAUGUCAACAGCGUGGACAUUGGUAUUUCUCCGGUAUAG